CGAACACGUCAUCACGCAGCGCCAGCCGCGCACGCUGUGUGCCUGGACCUCGGGUGUGUACUUGGUCCAGUGAGACGGGAGCCCGUGUCGCGAGCGGGGUCGCCUGUUCUCGGUGCCACCAUGCAGGUCUCCAGCCUCAACGAGGUGAAGAUUUACAGCCUCAGCUGCGGCAAGUCCCUUCCUGAGUGGCUUUCAGACAGGAAGAAGAGAGCAUUGCAGAAGAAAGAUGUUGACGUCCGCAGGAGGAUCGAGCUCAUUCAGGACUUCGAGAUGCCAACUGUCUGCACCACAGUCAAGGUGUCCAAAGACGGGCAGUACAUCCUCGCCACAGGAACGUAUAAGCCCCGGGUUCGCUGUUACGACACCUACCAGUUAUCCCUGAAGUUUGAGAGGUGUUUAGAUUCGGAAGUUGUCACCUUUGAAAUUUUAUCUGAUGACUAUUCAAAGAUUGUGUUCCUGCACAAUGACCGGUACAUCGAAUUCCACUCACAGUCGGGCUUUUACUACAAAACCAGAAUCCCCAAGUUUGGAAGGGACUUCUCCUACCACUACCCAUCCUGUGACCUGUACUUCGUUGGUGCGAGCUCUGAAGUUUACAGGCUCAACCUGGAGCAGGGACGGUACCUGAACCCCUUGCAGACCGAUGCCGCGGAGAAUAACGUCUGCGACAUAAAUCCCGUGCAUGGCCUGUUUGCCACAGGAACCAUAGAGGGUCGAGUGGAGUGCUGGGACCCAAGAACCCGGAGCAGAGUGGGUGUGCUGGACUGUGCCCUCAGCAGCGUCACGGCAGACUCCGAGGUCAGCAGCCUGCCAACCAUCUCCGCUCUGAGGUUCAACGGUGGCCUCACCAUGGCAGUGGGCACGUCCACGGGGCAGGUUUUAUUAUACGAUCUUCGAUCCAGUAAGCCGUUGCUGGUUAAAGAUCACCAGUAUGGGCUGCCCAUCAAGUCCGUCCACUUCCAGGACUCCUUAGAUUUGAUUCUGUCGGCAGACUCAAGAAUCAUCAAGAUGUGGAAUAAGAACUCAGGGAAAAUAUUUACCUCCUUGGAGCCAGAACAGGACCUCAAUGAUGUUUGCCUCUACCCCGUCUCAGGAAUGCUCCUCACUGCCAACGAGGCCCCCAAGAUGGGCAUCUACUACAUCCCGGUCCUGGGCCCUGCGCCCCGCUGGUGCUCUUUCCUGGACAACCUGACAGAAGAAUUAGAGGAGAAUCCAGAGAGCACGGUUUACGACGAUUACAAAUUCGUCACCAAGAAAGACCUCGAAAAUUUAGGGCUCACGCACCUCAUCGGCUCGCCCUUCCUGCGGGCCUACAUGCAUGGCUUUUUCAUGGACAUCCGGCUCUACCACAAGGUGAAACUGAUGGUCAACCCAUUCGCCUACGAAGAGUACAGGAAAGACAGAAUCCGGCAGAAGAUCGAGGAGACGCGUGCACAGCGGGUCCAGUUAAAGAAACUGCCCAAAGUGAACAAGGAGCUGGCUCUCAAGUUAAUGGAGGAAGAAGAGGAGAAGCAAAGAUCCUCCUGGAAAAAGAAAGUGCAGAGCCUUCCAAAUAUUCUCACCGACGACCGAUUUAAAGUUAUGUUUGAGAACCCUGACUUCCAAGUAGAUGAAGAAAGUGAAGAAUUCAGACUUCUGAAUCCACUCGUUUCAAAAAUCAGUGAGAAAAGGAAGAAGAAACUAAGACUGUUAGAGCAACAAGAGCUUGACGAAAAAGAGGAGGAAGAGGAGCUGGAAGGCAGGCCGAGCGAUGCGGAGAGCUCCGGAAGCUCCGACGACGAUAAGGCCUGGGUGGCCGAGGUGCGUGAGCAGCGCCGGCGGCUGCAGCAGGAGGAGAGGGCACGGCGGCGGGAGCAGCGGCUGGAGGACCAGCAGGCUGAGCUGAAGCCCCAGUUCUAUGAGAUCAAGGCAGGGGAGGAGUUCCGCAGCUUCCGAGACUCUGCUGCCAAGCAGAAGCUGAUGAACAAAACCCUUGAGGAUCGGUUGAAACUGGAAGCCAAACAUGGGACAUUGAGCGUGGCUGACACCAGUGUGGGGAGCAAGCAGCUGACCUUCACGCUGAGGAAGUCUGAGCAGCAGAAGCAGCGGCAGGAGGCUGAGAAGCUGCACCGCCUGGAGAGGAGGCAGCUGCGCCGUUCUGCCGGCCACCUGCACUCCCGGCCCCGGAGAGGCCGCCCAUUCCCCUGAGUGGCCCACCUGGAUAGAUGGACAGAUGGACAAUGUCUUCUCCUGGUCAGCAGCACCCUCAUUUCUGUACCCCGCCCACCACUGUGUUAAUAUUGUGCAGAACAGUGAGGUGCAGGGACGCCUGGCCUGUCACCACCAGGGACCCCAGGACACUAUCAGCACGGACCUGCUCGCCCCAUCAUUCAUUUAAGGCCCUUUAGAACUGUUUUGUACCAGCUGGGCGCCCCAAGGCUGCUGCCCAUGUAGGGGGCGUGGCAGUCGCUGCACCCUCCCCGCUAGAAGACAAAAUGGGCCUUUCUGGGGCUGCGGUUAGAGGGACGUGCUGGAGGAGCCGUUUGUAGAAUAAAUUCUUCCCUUAAUGCAGCCCCUGUGAGUGGCGCCCUUGCCUCGGUUGAACAUGGAAAUGGACUCUGGUCCUGUUGUCAUUGGGCGCAGCUGCGGGGCCUCAGGGACCGUGGGCUACUCCCUGUAGUGAGGCCAUGCCCUCUGGCGGCCUGGAGUUUCUGCUGCGGGGCACGGUGUGGUGUUGCCUCUCAGGUGUCCACCUCUUCUGCCCGCCCUGCCGCCCCAUGGGCAGGGACAGCAUGAGUCAGUUGUCCCCUCUGUGGCCCUUCGUGCUGGUGAUUGUCCUCUGCACAGUUUGUGGCCCCCAGGCUAGCAUGUGUCUGGCCGCAGAGCAGGAAGGACUCUUGGUUCCCUGGUGGCUGGUGACACAGCAGAGGCCGAAGCAACAGAGCCUGGGGACUACAGGCUUCUGGCGUGUAUGUCCCCUGGGGUCAGGCCAGAAGGGACCUGAGUGGUGCUGUGCCCCUGGGUUCUUGGCUCUGUUUCUCUUGGGACCCCAAAAGGCAGCUUGGCCAGGGCGCAAGUCACCUCCUGUCCCAAGGAUGGACCCACACCCCGCCUUGCUGGUCUCAACUUACAGUCAACACUGUCCCUGCCUGGCGCUGUUUCUCCAGGGUCUGGGCUAGCCAGCUGCGGUCCCUCCCACCCCAGUGCCGUGCCUUUUCCAAUGGCAUUAGCUUUGGUUGGUGGCUGCAGGCAGGAAGUGAGUGGGGACAUCGAGCCUGACACCUCCAUUGUCCUCCCAGCAGCAUCAGAAGCUCCCAACCUUUCUGUCAGCUAGCUAGGGCAAGGAAGUAUCACUUUGUCACAGUGACCCAGGGUCCUCGGGUUUCGCUGAGGAUUCUCUGUCCUGUGCACAACAGCACAGAGGUCGGUGUGACACUGCCUCGGUGGUGCGGUCCCAGCACGCAGUGCUGUGUAGUGGUUUAUUUACCGCUUUGCCUCUUGUUCAAACUGAGACCAUGAGGCCAGAACUGGAAAAGCCAUUGGGGUCGCAGGCACGGCAGUGACCUUGUAAACUGUUUUAAAAGGUUUUGUUCUGUGUUAAACUUGCAGUGCAUAUGAACCCCGCCUGGCUGUUCUGUUUAAUUGGGUUUUAAUUCUUCCUUUGUGUGUCAGGAGUCACACUCAGGGUCUUGCGCUCAUCAGGACCAGUGUGGGCUACAGCUGAGCUCCGCUGGCUCAGUGAACUGGACUGGAAGUGAUUCUCAAACCUGGCUUCAACUUCAUGGCUGAGGAGUUGCAAAAUCAGAAAUGAGCAUGUGGGGCAUCAGCGGGGAGGCCACCCAGACCCCGGGGGGAGGUGUAGGGUUUAUACUGUGUGUAAGUACUGUGCCUAAGUAUUUUAUUGUUUCUCUGAUGUCCCUAAAAGGUUUAUGUAUACAAA